UGUACUGUACACACCCAGUUGGCGUGGUACUGGAAGACAACAAAAGUAUGAAUACGGCGGACAGUAAAAAUUAAUUUAGAUUCCAUACACAUCGACAUGGAUGACGAUAUGAAUAACCACGUCAUAACACCUGGUCCAUAUAGAGCCACCAAAUUGUGGAAUGAAGUGACCAAGCUCUUCCGUGCGGGCAUGCCUCUACGGAAACAUCGACAGCACUUCAGGGUUUACGGGAACUGUUUCACCGCGGGUGCAGCGGUGGACUGGUUGCAUGAACUCCUGAGGAAUAAUAACAAUUUCGGACCCGAGGUCACCAGGCAACAAACAGUGCAGUUGCUGAAAAAGUUUCUCAAGAACCACGUCAUCGAGGAUGUAAAAACUAGAUGGGGCACUGAGGAUUUUGAAGACAAUGCUCAACUGUACAGAUUUCCUUCAACGUCUCCUUUGAAGCCAAUCCCAAAUUACCCACCAACCUUGAGAAAGAAGUCUGGCUCACUGAAGGAAAAAGAAGGCUUUUUCAAAUUCAGGCAUUCAAAAAAAUUUGACAAGGAAACUCUGGAGAAUAUUGAUCCAGAAAACCUCGAGCCAUCCUCAGAAUCGGUGCCUCAGGAGACUGUUCAUCGCAGAGAGGUGACUGCCGAGGACACUCAGGAAGUUUGGAGAAACAUAACUUUAACACAUUUACAGAAAAUUUUGGGACUGGCCUCACUUGAAGGGGUCUUGGAUCCGACCCAAGUGAACUCUGAGAAUAUUGUUUACAACAUGACCCAUGUGAACAAGCAUGGAGUCGUUACUCUGGAAGAUAAGACAGAUGACCUCCCACACUGGGUUCUGUCAGCCAUGAAGUGCUUGGCAAACUGGCCCAAGUAUGAUUCCAGCCAGCCAUCUUACCCAGGUUUUGAGAGGGAUGUGUUUAAAACCGUCUCUGACUACUUCUGCAGUCUGCCAGAACCUCUCCUCACAUUUCAGUACUAUGACUUGUUUGUCAAUGUGUUGGUUCUGUGCGGCUACAUUUCUGGUCCCAAAGCGCACAGAGGCAAGCGUAAAAACCCAGAGGCGCCUCUCUGCCCCCCGCCUUCCAAAACACCCCACCUGAAUGGCGUCAACUUCUUCAAGUCCACAGAGUGCCUACUGCUCAGCCUCAUCCGCAGGGACGCCCCAGAGGAGGAGGAGGAGUCCCCCAUGAAGGAGGUGUUCAGCUCUAAAGUGGAGCUCAGGACGGCUCCCCUGAGGGGGGCGUGUGCGGGGAAGGUCCAGGCGGCUCGCAGGGCCAGUGGUGGGCAGCUGCUCGGCGGGAGCUGCCUGGACCUCCCUGCCGCUGCGGGCCCCAAACGCAGGCCUCAGAGUUUCUCUCUGGACACGACAGCCGGAGUGGUGGCAGGAGGGAUCAACAGCGCACAAGGGCAGAGGCGCUCACAACGUAGUCUCUUUAGGUCGGAGGAGAACCUGUUGUCCACUACCAGCAGGUUUACCUGUUUGGGCCACAGCUGUGCUACUGAUGCUCCCCUAGACCUCUUCAGGGUUGACCACAAUGUGUCCGCCUCCAUGACCAGUCUCUCCUGCAGCGACAGCAGCCCUGCGAUCACGGACACAGACUCUGAGCUGUCCAGCCUCCAGAGCGCUCGCAGCAGCAGCAGCAGUAGCAGUAGGUGCUCGUCCGUGAGCGAUCACCCCUCGGUCACCACGGCUCCUCUCUCGAGGCCAGCCCGGCCCAGGAGUGUGGGGAACCUGAUCGACAUCGUCGAGCACCGAGAGAUGUCGGCCAGCUGCUUCAGCAUCAACGCACCGGUGGCGGAGAUCACCAUGAGGCCGGACUUCACCUCCACCGUGGACCUGAGAGGGCCUGGGCCUGCCAGGCCUGUGGCGCUAGGGGGCAGCAGUGUGGACGUGCGUCCCGGUUACUGUCUGAACCGGCGCUGUCGGAGCUCGGUGGACCUGUUCCGGUCCGCUGCCGGAGCUACGAGUGCUGCUGCUGCUGCCACUGCUGUUUCUGCCUCUACUGCUGCUAGUGUGUCCUCUGUGUCCACUCACACCCGCCGUCUGGGUCCUGACCAAACCCUGCUGCAGCCCCAGCUGGAGCGUGUGGCCAUCGAGGCCCUGCAGUUGUGCUCGUUGCUGCUGCCCCCCUCCAGCCGGCGCAAGCUGCAGCUGCUCAUGCGCAUGGUGUCCCGCAUGAGCCAGAACGUAGACAUGCCGCGCCUGCACCAUGCCAUCGGCACCCGCACGCUGAUGGUCCACACCUUCUCCCAGUGUGUUCUGAGCUGCCAGGAGGUUGAGGAUCUGGACGAGCUCCUGGCCAGCCGGCUGCUCUCCUUCCUAAUCGACCACCACCAGCAGAUCCUGCAGGUCCCCCUCUACCUUCAGAAUGCUGCCCAGGACCACAUCGCCUACCUCAAGAAAGUUCAGAUCAUGUGCCCAGGCACAGGGCCGCCCAUGCCGGCCUUCUCCUUCUGCAGGCUGAUCAGCACACAGGAGUUUGAGGAGCAGAAGCUGUCUGUAUCCCAGGCGGCCAUUGCUGACCUGCUCGAGAGUCUCAUCAAGGACAAAGCCAUGAGCGUCAAGGAGAAGAAGAAGAAGCUCAAAUUGUUCCAGAAGGAGUAUCCAGACAUCUAUGCGCGCCGGUUCCCCACAACCGAAAGUGAAGCUCAGCUGUUUGCAGACAAACCAAAGAUCAAGCCACCAAUGCUCAUCAGCAUGAAGAAGACCAAGAUGUUCAGUAUUCGCUAAUGAUUGUCUGGUUUUUAAGCUUUAUAUUUACUAAUUACGUCAUGGCUGAAUGCUCUGUUAGAUCUUUCAAUUGAAGUUCUUUACUCCGUGUUCAUCUGAUCAGUUUUGUUUUAGUGUGUGUUUUUGCCUGUGUUUGUGUAUGUUUCCGUUGUUUUUGAAGUCAACAUGGUUAUUUAUUUGUGAUGCAUUGUUUACAGUUGUUCACAGAAUAUGUGUCCAGAAUAUGUGUGCUGGCCUUUCUUACUUUUCUAUCAACUAUGCAGGACAACGGCUCGAUAUCCAGUCUUCGCCUUUUCUUUUCUCGUGGUGUGUCUGUGUAUCAGUUUCUGUUCGUCUCUGUGAGUCUCAAACUCUCAGCCAGUACUGUAACAUAUGACUGACCCCUCGUUCAGUACUGGUGCUCUGCAGCCAUAACGUUUGUCAUACAUGUAUAUGGUGUUUGCAUUUGGUACAAAGUAUGAAAGCUAAUUUAUUAUUUCUGGUGUUUCAUUGAGACUCUGUUUGUUGGCAUAACCUUAAGGCUGUCUGUUCUCUGUUUUCAUCUGUUCUGUCAUCAUGCUUCGCUCUGUAGUCUGCACAGUGCACGAGUAAUAUUGUUCCAAAACGAUUACUAUUAUAUAGACAAAUGGGACUGAAGGGAAACGAUUGCACUAUUUUGCAUAAUCUUUUACUGUAAGCUUGUUGUUCAUCUGGCUGAAAUUAUAAUAUCUUAUUCUCUCAACAUUGGGAUUUAGACCGUAAAAUCUGAAGUAGACUGGUAUGAUUUUGGGAUAUAGCUUUUGUUCUUGUUGGGUUUAACCCACUGCAGAAGGCAUGGUCUUGUUGGGUUUAAACCACUAUAGAAGGCAUGGUCUGUCUGACAUCCAGUUUUAUUUACCUAGCUCGAAAGUGUAAACCUCCAAAUUGCACAGUAGUGACUUACACAUUUCCUUCUUGGAUUUACAUCUGUGUUUUUAAAUGUACCUGUUUAACCUCCAGAUAUAGAUCAUAUGUAAUGUUUUUAGUGCAUAUCUUCCUGUCUGAUUUUAUUUAAACUGAAUGAAUAUUACUAUGCAAUAAAAGGCACA